AGCUGAAGUGACACGCUUGCCUGCACGCUUCCGGUCCUUAAGUUAUUUGGUAGUAGGAUAUCCUUUAUCCUUUUCACAUCUAGUUUGCUAACUAUAUACUACGCGUGGUCUUUCAAAGCGAACAUCACAGAGGAGGACCGCCCCGUUUCUCCAAUGAUAUUUAAAAGGUGACCUUGCUGGUUUGAGCACAUCACCUGCACCAUGGGGAGGAGAUACUACUGUGACUACUGUGACCGGUCCUUUCAGGACAACAUGCAUAACAGGAAGAAACAUCUGAACGGUGUGCAGCAUCACAGAGCUAAAAAGGCCUGGUAUGACUACUUUAGAGACUCUUCAGCCAUCCUGUGUGAUGAGCAAACAAAGAAACCCUGCAGGAAGUUUCUCCAAAAAGGAAUUUGUGAUUUUGGCCCGAAUUGCAGGUUUUCUCACAUGUCCGAAGAGGAUCUGUUUCACUUAAAAAAACAGGCGGAAGAUGAAAGACAGCAAAGAGAGGACUAUGUAGACAGAAAGAUGCCUGGGCGAAGUAUAGAAGAAUGGCUCUCCAGAAGGGAAAAGAAGCAAACUGCCCUCGGUAGCAAAGGAGAUCUAAAAGAUAAGGAAGACAGCGAAGAGGGCCAAGAAGAAAGUGACAUACCUCAACAGCUCCUCUCCAUCCCUAACCUUCCACCCUCUCUGCGACCUCCUCCUCCAGGCGGAUGGAAAGUCAAAGUGAACACAGAAUGGGGUUGAAAGAUAUUCACGCUGUGGUUCAAAUCACAAUUAAGUGGGCAUAUGCCACAUGAAUGGUACAGAAUACAUAUGUUAUUAAGAGAUGGUGUCACAUUUGUAAUAGGCAGUUUGAAAAUUAGGUUUGAAAUACACAAAUUCAAUAAACACUUUGAAUGCCA